AUGGCCAUUGACAUCGAAACAUACGAAAACGACCACAGCAAAAUUCUCGAAAUUGGGUUCGUCAUCACUUCCCUAGCCAGUCCUGAAGGGAACGAGCAAGCAUAUCAUUUUAUCAUUAAAGAACACCUCUACAUGGUGAACAGGGAUUAUGUUUCGGACAACCGAGACAAGUUCAGAUUUGGCACCUCACAGCGCAUGUCCCUUGCAGAGGCCGCUGGAAAGUUCUCGCAGUAUAUCAGGGACGUGGAUGUACUGGUGACUCAUUCGAGCGGACAAGAGGAAGAAUACCUUGCCAAGAACGGCAUGUCCUUAGAAGGGAAACCAAUGUUUGACACUCAGCUUCUUGGCUUAGCACUGCUGACCGACGAGAAGAACUUGAGCGUGUUUGGCCUGAAGCGUCUGAUGAAUGACCUGGCAAUUCCAUAUGACGAGGAUAUUCUCCAUAACGCUGGGAAUGACGCUCACUACACAAUGAAAGUGUUCCUGGCAUUGAAAAAGAAAGUGUAA